AGAUGACGCUUCAUGAAAUAUAAAUGCAAGAAAGCCUCCGGAGAGCGCAAUAAAAACCUUCCACCCGUCAGUCUCGGAGGGUAAGAAAGAUACUGUUAACAGCAGCAGGAAAUGGCCUUCGGAGUCUCAAUAUCAGUCUAUCUUUUAUUCAAAGCAAUGACAGCCUUGACUGCAGAGGUAGCUGUGUCGGGAACACCCCCAAUCACAACCCAGCAAAGUAACUGGACAGUUAACAAAACGGAAGUUGACUACACAGAAGGACCCAUAGCCUUGAAGUUCUCACAUCCUUGCCUGGAAGACCACAAUAGUUACUGCAUCAAUGGUGUUUGCGCAUUCCACCAUGAGCUGGAGAAAGCCAUCUGCACGUGUUUUACUGGUUAUACUGGAGAAAGGUGUGAGCACUUGACCUUAACUUCAUACGCUGUGGAUUCUUAUGAAAAAUACAUUGCAAUUGGGAUUGGCGUUGGAUUAUUGUUAAGUGGUUUUCUUGCUAUUUUUUACUGCUACAUAAGAAAGAGGUGUCUAAAAUUGAAAUCACCUUACAACAUCUGUUCCAGAGGAAGACCACUGUGAGGCCUUUGUCAGAAAUGUUCACAAGGCAUUUAUAAAAAUCAGUGGGCCCCAAACUGAAAUCUUCAAAUGGAACAACAAAACUUCCCAAGCUGACUAGACUGGAAAAUAAUGGAAGUUGGGAUCAUGAUGAAAUGAGAGAAUAAAUUUCAACGUUGGUCUUUGGCCUCUGCCAUCGUUAGGGUGCCAUGGGAGACGAGUGAACAAGCUCUGGUGACAGAAGUCAAGUUCAUAGUCCUACUCUGGGUUGGUCGCUGUUGUCCGUGUGGUUACUGUUCCUACUGCAGAAGGACCCAAUGUCAGAUGUGUAGUCCGUGGGAAUCAUUAUCAACCUUGCAGCAAGCCAAGGCAAGGCCAAGCUUGGGUUCUUCGUGUGCUUUGCUACCACCAGUAUUUUGGAUCACUGCUCUCUGGACCUAGUCCCAAACAUGCUGCUUUCACGGUGUCUGAGAGAAUGUGGUGUCAGCUGUUGGAUGAGGUCAGUGUUAUGGCACCUCCAGGGACGCAAGCAUGUGCCUGAAGUCUAAACCAGAGAAAAGAAAAUGGAGUGUCCAAGGCAAACACGAAUCAUGCCCAGCUUGGGACAAUACUAUGUAGCCUUUAUCUGUGAAAUAUGGAGUAAGCUAAAGAGUUCUCGAUGACUGAAAGCUGACUGGAUAUCGGUCCUGAGUAGAUGAAACAUUUCUGUUUCUGCAUGGAUUAUAAACCUUUGUGCUGGACUCAUCGGUCCCCUCAUGCCUAUGGUCAUUACCUCUUCCUGUCGUUAGUGGAACUACCUGGUGACUAUCCAUUUUGACUGCAAUUCUAGAAUUCUACUAAUAAAAUUUGACCAUUGGCCCUGAAAUAGAAACUGAAGAAUUGGACAUAGGAAUCUUCUCACCAGCCAACAGUAUGUGGAAACUUUCUUUACCAUUUCUGAAUACUUGAUAGCAGAUUUGCACAUAGCGAGAGAAAAAUGGAACAAUGGCAAAACUACUUAUUUGGGAAUUAGGGUCCUUCCUCUUUAAUCCUGUUUCUUCCACGUAAGUUGAAUAGACUUGCGCAGGUCCUUUAAUUUCUUUGGGCUUUGGUUUUAUUUUCUACAAGGCCCUGACAGCUUCAAAAUUGGACAGUGGGUCAAGAGAAAUUUUUCCGUAUUUGUUCUGCAAGUGGGAUUACUCUUAACCCCACCUCUACCCCCCGUACCCCCUCGAACACCUGGACACACCACUGGAUAUCAUCUCAGGUGUAUAGUUUAAUGUGUGGUUUGUAGAAUAAUAAAUUAAAAUUUUGUUUUCCAAGGAAGUGAAACAGGAAUUAAAGAAUAAUGAUACCUACCAAUUUUCUUUUGGAUUCAAUCUAAAACUAUGGACGUUUUUUCUCCUUCAUGACAUAGAGAAGCGAAACAGUUCUGAUCACAAGAUGGGUUAAAAGAGAAUCAAACAUGAGCGUUCUUACAAUGUUAACAGAACUUUAGCUUCUAAUGACUUUCCAUUCACUUCUAAACAAAACCUCACAUUCUGCUUUCCUUUGAGGAGAAGGUAUUUCUCCAGCUUUGUUUUUCCUCCCUGAGGAAUUUCAUGCAGAUGAAUCGCGUGUCAGCACUUUCUUGUCCUAGCAAACUAUGCAAAGGUUACAUCAUACCAAAAAGUGGGGAGGAGAAGGAUCCUCCCAGUGACUCCAGGACCGCACCUAGAAAGCUGUGCCCUUCCUGGGCAUUUCAAAAAGGUGUUAAAAAGCUGGGGAGAGUCCCGGAAGAAGCAAUAAAGCUUAAUUAAGGACUGCCUCUUGAUGAAAGGAAAGAGGAAUUAAUGCUGGAGUCUGGGGAGGUGAUAACCAAAAAAGUUAUAAAUAUCUGGUUAUAAAUAUUUCUAAAUUGUAAGCCCAAGAUAAUUAAAAUUAAAUAACAACAAGCAGAGAAUUGAAAUUUCCAGAUUGCCAAACCAAAACAGAAACCAAUAAGGAGUCAGAUUUUUUCCACUGAGGAAUAGGAUAAGGUCCCCUCCCAAACCCAGUGAGCCGGCAGAAAUUUAAAGCGUGGUUUAUGAGAAGCCAACGGUUCGUGGUCUGUCGUACAAAAUGAUCAACCUAGAACGGAUUUUGCAGGGAGGAAUGAAUCUCUGGCAUUCCUAUGGCAAUAUUUACAUAUGUAAGCGAGACUCCAGUGAGAAAAAUGCUUACCAACAAUAUGUUCUGCAAACUUUUCUAUUCUGUUUUUUUCCCUGUGGCAGUAAGACCCUGAGAAAAGUCUGCCAGGGAGGCCCUGCCUCAACACAGCAUUUUGAGCUAUCAGUCAUGAAUUAUUAGGUGGGCUGGAUCUAGGAAAGGACUGGGAACAUGCUUCUGGCAUCUUUGAUUAAAACAAACUGGAUAAAGGGCUCAUCGAUUUCAUUCACUUCCCAUUUUGUCUUCUUCUUGUGUCUGUCCUUUAAUCUUUGAGGACACAUUCUUAAGUCAUCAAUAUUCAUAAGUGCUUCAUUAGUUAGCAUAUUGGACCAUGG